CCAAACCGCCGCCGGCGCCGCCGUCGUCCGACCCCCCAGCAGCAGAAUAUCUCUCCGUCCAUCCAUCCAUUCCGUGUCAUGCCGGUAGACUCGAGCUCGACCUGACGUACCCGGCCCAUUGGAUGUCGCCAUGUCCUCUCCGAACUUCGGCUUCUGUCCAUGGCGGAGGAGGGCUUCGUCUCUGAACUCCCACCCGUCGUCUCGGACACAAGGCGGCGAGGAAGGCCAGCCUACCCCCAUCAACGGCUCGGCUCGUCAUUCUCUCCCGGGAUUCAGUGAUUCUUCCAGGAUCUUGUCCUCCUCGACUGGCCAAAGGGAGCCCAUCCGGUCCUUCAUCCAUGGACCCAACAGACACCAUCUAGCUCCCGCUGACAGCGCGGAGUACGCUCGCAGCGUGCGCCAGGACACGGCCGAGCUCGCUUCCUACCUCUUGUCCGACAAGUCGAACCCCAAGAGCCCGGCAUUCCUCUCUCGUCACCGGUCACAGCCACCGUUGCCACCGACAAGCGCAUUACUUGACGACAACGAGGACGAUGAUGCCGAGAACGCAGUGCCAGGGUCCGUCACGAUACAGGAAGUCUCUGAGCCACCAUCUCCCGGCGACGAAGAGGUCGAUAUGCCGGACGAAGGCCCCUCCAUUCUAUCCAGCUUGUUGCGCAAGUCUCCACCCCAAUCGAGACAAGAGUCGUCGCCGGAGCGUCAUGCUUCUCUCGAGCCCAAGAGGUCACGGUCACAGGGACGGGGCAGUGAGGAUGAAGACGAGGAGUCGCCAGAAGCUACCGAGAACACCCCUCUUCUCAUAACGACGUCCCGUAGCAUCCAGCGGACCAACGGCAGAAACUCGAUCGGGGGAGAUAUCGAGGGCCAGAAGCCUCAGCCACGGAAAGACUGGCUGAAAGGAGCAAAGAAACUGGGCUACCAAGUCGAGCAUAAGCUAGCCCAUGCUGCAAAGGCAGCUACCAGCCCUGAUGUCUGGAACAGAAAGAACCUGUGGCGGAAUGUGGUUGUGGCUCCCCUGUCUUGUUUGCCUGCGGUCGUCGUGGGUCUGUUACUAAAUGUUCUGGAUGCCCUGUCAUAUGGCAUGAUCUUGUUCCCCUUGGGAAAGCCCAUUUUUGCCGGACUCGGCUCGGCUGGCAUCUCUAUCUUCUACGUCAGCACCAUCAUCUCACAGCUCACUUUCUCCUCAGGCAGCAAGUUCAAGGGCGUUGUGGGGUCUGAACUUAUUGAAGUAGUCCCUUUCUUCCAUAGCAUGGCCCAGACCAUCACCGACGUCGUCGGUGAAGAGCUUCCUGAUGCAGUAAUCGCAACGACCAUAACCUCCUUCGCCCUAAGCUCCAUGAUGACCGGGCUUGUCUUCUUCCUCAUGGGCUACUUCAACUUUGGCUACAUGGUUGGCUUCAUUCCACGACAUAUCCUCAUCGGAUGCAUUGGGGGUGUCGGCUGGUUCUUGGUUGCUACUGGCUUCGAAGUCUCAGCUAGAAUGAGCGGCAGCCUGGAGUAUGACCUGGAGACCCUCAGAAAGCUGUUCCAGUCGGACACCGUCCUGCUCUGGGUCUUCCCUCUGAUCUUGGCCAUCGUCUUAUUUUAUGGCCAGUCCAAAGUGGCGUCCAAAUAUUUCCUAUCCAUGUACAUCAUCUGCAUCCCCAUCUUCUUCUAUUUCUUCGUCACUGUCAUAGACUCACUUCACGUGGAUCCGCUUCGCGAGAAGGGAUGGAUCUUCGACGGCCCGCCCGCCGAUGAGCCUUGGUGGUACUUCUGGACAUUGUACAAAUUUAAUCUUGUUCGGUGGGACGCAAUCGUGGACACGGUUCCUGCGAUGCUGGCCCUCACGUUCUUUGGCAUUCUCCAUGCGCCCAUCAACGUGCCGGCUCUGGCGUUGCAGACCGGCGAGGACCACGCUGAUCUAGAUCGCGAGUUGAAGCUGCAUGGCUACUCCAACUUCCUCUCUGGUCUGGCCGGAAGCAUUCAGAAUUACCUGGUGUACGCCAACACGGUAUUCUUCAUGCGGUCUGGCGGAGACAGCAGGCUUGCUGGUGUGAUGCUGGCUGCAUUGACGUUUUGCGUCAUGAUGAUCGGACCUGUGAUCAUCGGAUACAUUCCGGUCAUGAUGGUCGGGUGCCUCAUCUUUGACUUGGGCUUUGAGCUGCUGCUGGAGGCUGUCUGGCUGCCGCGGAAGAAGCUGAAGGUGGCCGAGUACCUUACGGUCGUCGCCAUUGUGCUCAUCAUGGGCAUCUAUGACUUUGUUGUUGGCAUUGGCGUUGGAAUACUUCUAGCCUUCGUCUCGCUCAUCAUCCAGACGUCGAGGGUUUCGGCGGUCCGGGCGAGCUACAACGGCGACAUCGUAGGGUCUACCGUGCGAAGAAACCCAUCACAGCUCAGAUACCUGCAACAAGUGCGCAAGCAGAUUUACAUUGUCAAGCUCAGCGGAUUUCUCUUCUUCGGCACCAUCGUCAGCGUUGAAGAGAAAAUUCGGGCACUGAUCGACGAUGUGGCAUUCUCAGAAAAGCCAAUCAAGUUCUUGAUCCUGGAUCUGUAUCAUGUCAGCGGUCUGGACUAUUCUGCGGGUGAAGCCUUCAACACCAUCAGUCGACUGUUGAGCAACAAGGAGGUUGUGCUAGUCAUCAGCGGCGUUGAUUCCGAGAGCGCACUCAGCCGCACUCUACGCGCGGUGGGGUUGGGCAAUGAGAGUAUUGAUGUGGCACUGUUGCCAGAUCUCAACUCGGCGCUGGAGAGCUGCGAGAACGAGUUGCUCAAGACGCUUUAUGCGAGCGAGGAGGAGUUUCACGGCCAAACACGGACUGCACCGACGGCCAACUUGGAUAUCCCAGGAAAACCUGCAUUGGGAUCCUCUAUGGACAACGUGUUUAACUCGCCUCGCCGUCACCAUCUGCACCAGGCGGCGCAUGACGCUCUCACCAACACCGAGUCGGAACGUACGAGCCGCUGGCGCAGUUUCAAAGAGCCACUGCGCCUGAUCCUGCAGAUCUUCCAGAGCGUAAGCUCCAAUAACGAGGACUUCUGGUUCAGGGCUGUGGGAUAUUUCAGACGACGCGAGUACGCUGCAGGGUCGAAACUGUACAAGCGCGGGGAGCCGGCGGACGGGUUCUACCUGGUUGAGAAGGGCAUCUUGCGCGCCGAGUACGAUCUGCCACAGGGCUGGCGGGCGGAGAGCAUCGUGGCGGGAACGACGUGCGGUGAGCUACCGUUCUUCUCCGAGACGGACCGGACAGCGAACGUGCUGGUGGAGCAGGACUGCGUUGUGUGGUUGAUGGACAAGGAGGGGUGGGAGAAGAUGCAACGUGAGGAGCCGGACGUGGCCCAGGAGUUGUUGAGGAUCUCGCUCAAGCUGACGAGCGAAAGACUAAGCUCGAUUACUUCAUAUGUACUGACCAUGGCGGGGUAAGGGGCUCAAAAGGAGUUGCGUGUACUUUUAGGCCGGGGCUAGGAAUUUGUCAAUAACGUCCCACACCUCUCUUUGGGC